AUUAUUAUAAUAUUAAUUAUAUUAAUUGUUUUUAUUAUUAGUUUUAUUUUUAUACAAAUAAAACAUCUGCUUGCUAUAGGUCUAAUAUUAUUAAUUCAAACAUUUUUUACCUGUUUAUUAACAGGAAUACUUAUAAAAACUUUUUGAUUUUCAUAUGUGCUAUUUUUAUUUUUUAAUAGGGGAAUAUUAGUUUUAUUCAUUUAUGUAACUUCUCUUUCAUCUAAUGAAUUACUUACAUUAUCACUAAAAAUUAGCAUUUAUUAUGCUUUUCAUAAUUUAAUAUUCUUAAAAUUUUAUUUAUUUUUUGAUAAAUUAAUCAUUGAACCUUUCAUUAAUAAUAAUGAAAUAAUUAAAUUAUCUCUAAUAAAUAAUUUUUUAACAGAAGACACGAUUUCAUUAAAUAAAAUAUAUAAUUUUCCAACUAAUUUAAUUACUUUAUUAUUGAUUAAUUAUUUAUUUUUAACUUUAUUAGUAACAGUAAAAAUUACAAAAAAAAAUUAUGGCCCAUUACGACCAAUAAAUUAA